CAUAGCUACCAUAGCUCACGGCCAGCAGAAAGAGAAAAGAAAAGAAAAGAAAGCGGAAGACGGUGACAAAUAAGGUAAUUACCUUCGUAUAAUCUCGGGAGGGCGAGGUGAAGGAAAGGAAAGGCAAGAAUAACAGAUAAGGAAGGCGAACCUUCAUCAUUUAUUCACUUAAAAUAUUCCGUUCCACAUUUGAUUCGCCAUUGCUGGAUGGAUGCCAAGCCUGGGUGAAAAGGAGAGAUAGGCAUCGUCCUUGAAAGGCACUGUUUUGUCUAACGAAUCUGACGAGUCUGACGUCACAGGGAGCUCAGGAGACCCGGAUGGGAGUGAAGGAGGCGUGGAAAGCAGAAGGAGAGACAAACGGAAGGAGGAACAAAGAGAAGUAAAGAAAAACAAGAGGACAGGGAAGAGAAGUUCCGGCAAGAAGAGGGUGAGGAGAGUGGAGGACUAAACAGACUAAAACAGACAAUAAGGAAGAAACACACCCAGAGAUUGGAGUGGAAAAAGGGACGGAGAGAGUAUAAGGAGGUUUAAUCCAUGGAGUGUAAGGACGGAGGCGAUUGGAGACCAGUGAAGCCUGGACCAACAGAUUGUAGCGGGCGGCGUGACGAGGACAAGAAGUAGACGGUAAGAGGGGAAGAUCGCGGAGAGGACGCGUGGGGCUUGAAGGACGAGGACGAGAAGUAGACGUGGAGACAGGGAUACAGAGAGACACUGGGCGUGACGAGAAGGACGAGGACGAGAAGCAGACGUGGAGACAGUGGGACAGGGAGACAUUAGGAGAGACGAGGACGAGAAGCAGACGAGUGGAGAGGUGACAAAAGGACGAGGGGAUAGAUAGCUGGAUAAGAAGAAGACAAGCAACCACAAGGAGUAAGAGAAGAGCAGCGGAUAGACUGCAGACUAGGAUGAGGAUAACCAGGCGGGGAAAGAAGGAUUUGAGAGGAGAUAACAACUAGUAAAUGUGGACAUUGGGAAAAUCAAUUUAUUUAAUUUGAUUAAUUGAUUUAAUUUGAUUAAUUGAUUAAUUUGAUUAAUUUACCGAAUUUGACUAAUUAGAGGGAAGUACUGGAAGGGUAGGUCAUACAAUAGCAUGUUAUAACUUCAAUAUAAAAGGAAGUACACGGACCUUUAUUGUAGAAAUAUAUCUAAAAGUAUUCCAUCAAUUUAGUUCAGUGAUUAAUUACACCUGGGGGGGGGGGGUAAAAAGACAUAGAAAGAAAGAUAAAGAACAAAUUUACAAACAAACAACCAUUCAAGGGAGUGUGAAAAAAGGAAAUUAUUGUUAAAUCUAAAAAAAAAUUAUACAUUAGAAUUAUUUUCACCUCUCUUAUUAAUUGAUUUAUAUAUAAGUUAAAUUGAUUGUAUAUAGAUAUAAUAUUUUGAAUAUUUGAAUAUUUGGUCCAUUAUCCAGGUGAAAGAACGGACAAACCCUUGUAUCAUAACAAACUUUCAUUAUAGUAUCUAGAAAAAUUUAAAGAAUUUAAAGAGAGAAAAAAUGUCGUCGCAAAAACUGAAGCUAGAAGAAAAAAAGACUACGGGGAGAAAAGGAUCUUUGACAGAGGAAAUAAAUUUAAGGGACGUGAUGAGGGAACUUCAAAAAAUUACAGAUAACCAAAAAUUACUUCAAGAGCAAAUGAUAGAUAUGAGGAAAGAGCUAUCAGAAGAAUUCACAGAGGUGAAGAGAGAGAUAAAAGAUCUACAAAAAGAGAUGAAAGAAGUCAAGGAAGAGAAGCAAAAGAUGGAGAAAAAUCAAGAAAAACUCCAAACUAGAGUGGAAAAACUAGAAAUUAAAAAUACUAGACUCGAAGAAAGACAAGAAAACUUGGAGAGAAAAGAAUUAGAAUAUCAGAUAAGAAUAAGAAACGUCAUAGAAGAACCCAAAGAAAAUCUCAGACAAAUCACAACCCAAAUCCUAGCAGAUCUCCUCCAGGUGCAAGACGAAGAAAUGGAUGAUUGGAUUGAAAAAGCCUACAGAGUAACUACCGACUUUUCCAGGAAAAACCAAGUACCGAGAGAUGUGGUAGUACAAUUCGAAAGAAGGAAAAUAAGAGAGGAAGUAUUGAAAACGAGCAAAAAGAACACCAUUCACUAUAAAGGCCAGAAAGUGACAAUACUAAAAGAACAUCCGGCAAGUACAAUGCAGAAACGCAAAAAAUACCUGUUCCUCACAGAGGAACUAAAAAGACGACACGUAAGAUUCCGGUGGGAAAGAAGAGAGGGUAUUAUGGCCACAUACAAUCAAGAAAAGGUGUGGAUAACAUCGGAAGAGAAAGCAAAGGACUUUUACAAGAACCUAAUGAAAAAGGAAAACGCACCAACCACAUCAGAACCAGCAACGGAAAGAGACAGAAAAAGAGCCAGAACUAUCUCCCCCGAAAAAAGCGACAAAGUAACUAUAUCACAAACCCCCAAUUUGAUUAACUUAGAAGAAGAAGAAGAAGUCACCCAACACUAAAAUAUGCAAAUAAAAUGUCACUCCAAUAAUGUUAACGGGUUGACCACACCUAAUAAAAGGAAAAUUCUAUUCAAACAAUUGCAAAAACAGAGAUUUGAUUUAAUAGCACUCCAGGAAACCCACAUUUGCCAUAGACAUAUAGCACAUUUAACUCAGGAAAAACUAGGGAAAGAAUUUGUAUCAGCUGCCUCGGAAAAAAAGGUGUUGUAUUAUAUAUAAAUCCAAAAUUUGAGCCAGAAUUAGCUUUCAAGGAUGAUGAGGGAAGAAUGAUAGGAGUAAAGAUAAAGGUACACAAUCAGAUAACAUUAAUUUGCAACAUCUACGCGCCAAACGGGUCAAAAACAAUUUUUUUGGAAAAACUAAAAAGUAAAAUAGAAGAACAAGAAUUUGAUGACUUGAUGAUUAUGGGUGACUUUAAUGGAGUUCCAGAUCCGGAUAAGGAUAGGACAGGUACUUCAAAUUCAGGCAAAUUGGCAAUUAAUUUCAUCAAAACACUACAAGAUUGGGAACUUAAAGAUACCU